AUGAAAAUUGAAGAAAUCCCAGAUGAUGCACCUGCAUCUGCGCCCGCUCCGGCACCAGGCCAAGACUUUGAUCUCCUCGCGCAAGCCAUGUCCUCCGCCUUCCCCGGCUUUGCUCCUUCCAACUCUGACCCCUCCUCCACAACUCCCUCUCUCCCCCCUCCCUCGCCUCCCUCCGCGAUAAAUCCGGAAAAUGACGAAUUAGAAGCUUUCAAAGCAUUGGCCUAUGAAGGUACACCGUUAGAAAUCGCUUCCAAUUUCAAGGAACAGGGAAAUGACAGUUUCAAGGAGAAGAGAUUAGCAGACGCAAAGGAGUUUUAUACGAAGGGUGUGAAUAUUCUGUUGGCUGAGGUGAGGAGGAGACAGAGGGGAGAGAAAAGGUCUGGAGAUGUGCCGGAAGAGAAGGAGGAUGAGAUUGUGGAGGAAGUUAAGAUACUUGAGGUGCUGCUUGUGAAUAGGGCGAUGGCGCAUCUGGGACUCAAGAAUUACAGGAGUUGUGUGUUUGAUUGUGGAGCGGUGUUGAGGAUCAAUAUUAAAAACACAAAGGCGUUUUAUAGAAGUGCGAAAGCCCUACUGGCGUUGGGAAGGAUAAAGGAAGCGGAUGAUGCGUGCGCAAGGGGAUUGGAAUUAGCUGCGGAUGACAAAGCGCUGUUAGCUUUGGCUGGAGAAAUCAUGAAGAAGAAUGAGGAGAUUGAGGCGAAGAGGAAGAAGGAGGUUGAGCGACUGGUGAGGGAGAAGAAUGUAGAGAAGAUAUUAAAAACAUCGUUGGCGGCGAGGGAAAUCACUUUACGGAUGACGGAUAAGCCACCGGAGAUGGAGGAUGCGAAGAUCGAACUAGUGCCCGAUCCAUUGGAUCCGAUUAAUUCGACUUUAUCCUUCCCAGCUCUUCUAUUAUACCCUCUUGCAGCAGAAUCGGAUUUCAUCAAGUCGUUUAAUGAGAUGGAUACUGUGGGGCAGCAUUUGGAAUACAUAUUACCACUUCCAUGGGACGUUAAAGGGGAAUAUAGAGAUGAAAAGGUGGUGGAGUGCUACGUGGAAAAGAAAAAGGGCUCUUUGAUUAAGGUGGGAAGAAAAGUUACACUAUUGAAAGUCUUAAAUGGUGGAGAAGUGGUGGAUGGUGUUGUGAGCAUUUAUGUUGUGCCGAAGCAGAAAGCAGCAGGAUGGAUAGAAGAAUGGAAAAGAAAGAAUGUAGUAGCAAAAUAA